AGAAGUCCUUCAACGUUUAUAUGUACCGCAUUUUCUUCUUCCACUCUUCAACUGAAGGGCAGCAAGUUUGCCUCCAGAUUCUGGCUAUUACACAUUGUUGUGCUAUUAACAAAUUUGAACACAUUUCUUGUGGCCCCAAGCAGCCCAGAUUCCAGAUCUUCUCUUCCACCAAUGAUACCAGUAAACCAGCAGAUCCUGGAGAACAGGGGGACCAGUUGGUCAGUCAGGACCAGGUAUUCUCUUCCACCAAUGAGACCAGCAAUCAAGUAGAUCCAGUACCUGGAGAUCGCCUGGGAACUUCUAAGAGCUUUCCAUCCUGGUAUGAAGCGAGCAGCCGACAUUCAAGGUCUUCUCUUGCACCAAUGACACCAGUAAAUGAGGAGAUCCAAACCAUGAGACAAGUUGCUCCGGUGGGACCAGUCCAGGAGGAGCGCGAGCCCACCCCGGUGCUCGGCUCAGGGACCUCCGCGGGCCGCGGCCGCGCCGCCGUCAGCAGGAAAGACACAAAGAAAACUGACAAACCCAGACCAGAGGAUAACGAUGACCUAGAUGUGACAGAGCUCUCUAAUGAAGACCUUCUGUAUCAGCUUGUGAGAUACGGGGUGAAUCCUGGUCCCAUUGUGGGGACAACCAGGAAGCUAUAUGAGCAAACACUGCUGAAACUGAGGGAACAGGGGGCAGAAUCCCAAUCUUCUACUCCUCUGCCAACAGUCUCUUCCUCAGCAGAAAAUACAAGACAGAAUGGAAGUAAUGACUCCGACAGAUACAGUGACAAUGAUGAAGACUCUAAAAUAGAGCUCAAGCUUGAGAAGAGAGAGACACUAAAGGGCAGAGCAAAGACUUCAGUAACACUCAAGCAAAGAAGAAUUGAGCACAACCAGAGCUAUUCUCAAGCUGGAGUAACUGAGACUGAAUGGACAAGUGGACCUUCCAAAGGCGGACCUCUGCAGGCAUUAACUAGGGAGCCCACACGAGGGCCAAGAAGAACUCCAAGAAAAAGGGUGGAAACUUCACAACAUUUUCGUAUAGAUGGUGCAGUAAUUUCAGAGAGUACUCCCAUAGCUGAAACUAUAAAGGCUUCAAGCAACGAAUCCUUAGUUGUCAAUAGGUUGACUGGAAAUUUCAAGCAUACAUCUUCUAUUCUGCCAAUCACUGAAUUCUCAGACAUACCCAGAAGAACACCAAAGAAACCAUUGCCGAGAGCCAAAGUGGUUGAAAAGACAGAGGAGAGAAGAGUAGAAAGGGAUAUUCUUAAGGAGAUGUUCCCUUAUGAGGCAUCUACUCCAACAGGAAUUAUUGCUAGUUGCCGCAGACAAAUCAAAGGGGCUGCAGGCCGGCCGCUAGAGCUCAGUGACUUCCAGAUGGAAGAAUCGUUUUCAUCUAAGUAUGUCCCCAAGUAUACUCCCCUGGCGGAUGUCAAGUCAGAAAAGACGAAGAAGGGACGCUCCAUUCCCAUGUGGAUAAAAAUGUUGUUGUUUGUGGUAGUAGCAGUUUUUUUUUUGUUUUUGGUCUAUCAAGCUAUGGAAACCAACCAAGGAAAUCCCUUCACUAAUUUUCUUCAAGACAGUAAAAUACCCAACUGAAGGAAGUCACUUCGGCACAUUCAACUUGAUCUCCUGUUUUUAAUAACUGUAGAAAAACAUUUGUGUCCGCUGUUGCCUGAAGAACUAACAUUGUGGUGUCACCUCUGUAAAGUCAGUGCUGCAUUGAAAAGCCAACGAGACGCAUACAUGGAACUCAUUUCAAUAUUUUGAAAUUUGGAGAUCACACUGUGCCAUAUGAAUAAUUUUUUUAGCUCUGGAACUUUUAUGUAGGCUUUAUUUUUUUAAUGUGGACAUCUUAUUUCUCUUUUGGGGAAAAUGCAUUGUUUCGUGUAUUUGAAAAAUAAGGCAAAACAUGGUGAUGUAAUUAAUGUGACGCUACACAUUAAAUACUUGGAAUUCUUACA